AUGAAGCGAGUAAAAUGCUGCACUGCUUGUCGCCGCCGACAUAGAAAGUGCGUUACCCAGCCCGGAGCCUCCCAAUGCGGGACUUGUCUAGAGUCAGGGCAGGAAUGCCGGUUUGAGAAUGACAUUCGGUUCAAACACACUCAUUCAGAAACAAAGAAGGAAUCUGGACGGAAAUGGGCCAAGGUUCCUCAGAAGAUUUCUUUCACGACACCUCGUGGAAUUGAUGGCAAGGUGCCUGAGGAAGCGGACACGAGACAGGAGGCGAAUGAGUCGGCAACGCAGCCGAUAUCUGAAGGAAUGAUGGAAAUAUCGAUAGACGACCCCAUGCAGUCCCAACCUGAAGCUGGGCCUUUGGAACAGGUGUUCAGUUAUUGGGGAUCGCCUUCAAACCUCAUCACCGACUCUCCAAUCGAUCAGAACAUGAGCCCAGCAUACCAAGCAGAGAGUCCAUCACUCCCACGAGCAUCCAUCCCAUUUAUUCUCGACCCCGACAGGAAUUCUCCUAAUGCCACUGGCCAAGGUUUAAGCGGCCAAGGUUGCAGUCAAGAUCACUUCGAGUUGACGGAACGAGAAGCCUUCCUUUUCAUGACUUACAUCCACAAACUCGCGCCUCUUUCCGACGCAUGCGAUGACGCUCGCCAUUUCGCACUAGAAGUCCCCCGUCUGGCGCUCCAUCAACCCAUGAUAAUGAACGGCCUCCUCGCCCUCGCAAGCCGCUACGACUCCCGCUGCACCAACAGCUCCGACGACAUUGAAAGCACAUUCUAUCACAAUAAGUGCAUAAAAUUGCUCAUCGAAGCUUUCGCUCAACCGCCUGAAACGUGGGACUCGACGCUUCUCACAGCCGUAGUGAUCGCGCGCUUGUACGAAGAGAACGAUAACGAGACUGACUCUUACUAUCACCAUCUCAGUGGAACGCAGAAUCUGUUGAAUCAUGAGGCCAUUGCUCGGUUUGUCAUGCAAGGUGGCUUGGCAGAGGCAGCGAGCUGGGUUCAUCUUCGACAAGCUAUCUACGUCUACGUUGUUCGCAGGGAACCUCUUGAGAUAUGUCUUGAGAACUUUGAGAGGUCAACGGUGUUUCGGAGAUCUGAUGACUCCGCUUAUGCGAACAGGGCAGUAUAUAACUUUGCCAAACUCAUGAGACUAUUUCUUCCAAUGGAGAGUCCAGACGGCGAUCUUGGAAAGUGGGAAGCUGUUGAAAGGGAGAUGCAGGAAUGGUAUGAGGCCAGACCGGUUUCAUUCAAGCCCGUAUUCCACAAAGCGGCGGAUAUCUCAAGUGACAGGCCGUUUUCAGUCAUUUGCUUCGCUGCGUCGGUGCCUGUGGUGGCGAUGCAGCAUUACUACGCAUCCAAGGCUGUUUUGUGUUUGCGCGACAUCAAACAGACUACAAACAAUCACAGGAGACAAGAGUUUGAGAACAACAUAUCUUCGUAUCUCUGCAUGCUGAUGGGUCUUGCUUUGUCCAAUUCUCAUGUUGCAAACGCAUUCUAUCUGCCUGCACAUAUGCUUUCGCUCUGUGGAUACUGCAUAAGAGAUCCCUGUGUGCGAACCCAUACCAUACAGUAUCUGGAGAAGGUUGAUGAGGUGAUCAAAUGGAAGACAAAGGCACUCAUUGGAACUUUGAAGAGGGAGUGGAAUGGUCAAGACUAACAAGUCACGCACCAAGUCGGGAGAGAGGAUGGUCGUCAACCACAUCAGCUCAUAUUCUUUCCACUGGCCAUCCCUCCCCGGUUCACUGCAAAGUAUCGCGACUUCCCAUGCCUAAGCUACGACUUGGUUACAUUCCACCCUUCAGCCCUUCAUAAGGAACUCACAACUGUUGCU